GUUCUUUUGUAUAUAUAUUUAUGAGGGAGACUUUUAUAACAGAACAUUGCAAUAACGGGUAGCAACUAGAAGUUACUGAAUUUGGUAUUUUAAGCGGUAUCUCUAGUCAUGUCUUCGUCUCUCCGAUAUAAGGACAAAGUUGUCAUUAUUACUGGUGGUGCCCGUGGAAUUGGAAAAGGAUGUGUUGAAACAUUCGUAAAGGAGGGUGCAAAAGUUGCCUUCUGUGACAUCCUUGAUGAUGUAGCUAAAGCUACAGAAGAAGAAAUGAACAAGAUGGGACCAGGAGAAGCAUAUUAUAUCAACUGUAAUUUAUGUGAUGAAGCACAAAUCAAAAACAUGAUUGCUAAGGUGGUUGAGAAGUACAGCACCAUUGACUGUUUAGUCAACAAUGCUGGCUACCAUCCUGGACAUUUUCCCAUUGACACUGUUACAGCUGAAGGCUUUACUAAUCUCAUGCAGUUAAAUGUUGUUGCUGUGUUCCUCACAUGCAAGUAUGCCCUUCCACACAUACGCCUUGCCAAAGGUAAUAUUAUUAAUAUUGCUAGUAUGGUGGCUCACAUUGGCCAGAAAGACUCUAUUCCUUAUACAGCAUCAAAAGGUGCUGUUUCAAGCAUGUCUAAGAGCAUGGCUAUCAGUGAAGCUAAACAUGGUGUUCGAGUGAAUACAAUUUCUCCUGGAAACAUAUUGACACCUUUGUGGUGGGAAGUAACGAACAAGAUGGAAGAUGGAGAAAAAUUUUUCCAAACUGCAUUAACUCAACAGGUUAUGGGUCAUAUGGGAACUCCUUCCGAUAUUGGUACAACAUGUCUUUAUCUAGCAGCUGAUGCUAAAUUUUGCACUGGCAUUGAUAUUAAUGUUUCUGGGGGAGUAGAUAUAUCUGUUGGCAGCAAGGUCGAUGUUACACCAUCUUAAGAUACUCAAAAUAAUGAUAAGGAAAAAGAUAAAUUGUGUUAAAUAAUUGAUAUUUUUCAACUUUGGGAUUUAUAUUUUCCUACAAUAACUUAAAUGCUUUUGUAUGUGCAUUUUUGAAAAUAUAUCAUAUUUGCUUGUAAUUUAAAGUGUUUUCAAGUCAAUAAAGACUUUAUUGCUUUUGUCUGUUGGAAA